UGGUGAAAAUACGAUGACAUGAUCCCUGAACCCGAGGCUUUUAUUUUGAAGGUUAUACCGGAAGUUGUGUUCCUCGCUCGUUGGAAGGCGAGCAACUCAGAAGAAGAAGAAGAAGAAGAAGAGGAGAAGUGAGCAGAGAGGAGGCAGCAGGAGAGGAGCGAAAACAGUCUCUGCUUCAUGCUUCGUCCGGGCCACUUCUCCUCCUCCUGCUCCUCCUGCUCCUCCUGCUCCUCCUCCUCCUGCUCCUGCUCCUGCCCGCUGUCGACAACACUGUGACAGCAUUUAUAUUUUUAAUUAGCGUCAUUUGAGCAUAAAAAGAGGGAGAGAGAGAGAGAGAGAGAGAGAAGGUGAAGGGGCCCGAGUCAUGGAGCUUCUCUGCCUGGAGUCGGACAUAACCGUGAAAGCUCAGCCUGACCCGAAAAUCCUCUUUGAUGACAGAGUGUUGGACAUUCUAUUGACCACAGAGGACAGGUUUUUACCUCGGUGCUCUUACUUCCAGCGGGUCCAGAAGGACGUUCGGCCGUUUAUGAGACGAAUGGUCGCGACCUGGAUGCACGAGGUUUGUGAAGAGGAGAAGAGCAAUGAAGACGUCUUCCCAUUAGCCAUUAAUUAUUUGGACAGAUUUUUAGCAGUGAUGCCCACGAGAAAGAGUUUUUUGCAGCUUCUGGGAGCUGUGUGCAUAUUCCUGGCCUCCAAGUUAAAAGACAGCAGGCCGCUGUCUGCAGAGAAACUCUGCAUGUACACGGACAACUCCAUCACACCACGGGAACUGCUGGUAAGCACUGGACUCUCAAAAGACCCAUUCAUUCAUCCCUUCAUCCAUUCAAUUGUUCAUGAGAGCCUAAAAAUGCAGUAUCACAUUUGGGAUGAUUUUAUAAUGCUAAUGGCUUAAUUUGUUACACAGGAAGUUUCCCAUUUUCUCUGUAAGUGGAGCUGUGCACAAUACAGCCACAUCCUUUCUUUGGGUCCAUGUGGACCGGAGAGGGAUGUGAUGCCAUCUAGUGGCAGUUAUGCAGCAUAGAGUUUGGCUUUAGCCUGAAUCAUAUGGAUACUUUUCCCAGAACAAAUGGACUUUUACACCAGGAAAGUAGCCAGAAAGCACUUUACAACGUUAUUACAGUAAACAUCAAGACGAUGUUAUCAGUUCCAGUUAAAACGACAUGCGUUUCCCGGACUCACCCAUGUUGUGCUAAAAUGCUAAAAGAGGAUCUAAAAACCAGAAAGUGGCAUCUUGAAUUCUCUAGUUUUGUCCAAACAAACAAAGACAAUGCAGAGAUAUGAAGUUGACAACACAAGCUCUGUGUGGAGCUUUGUACCACACACUCACACCUCCUCAUCCGCUGUUUUCAUGUGCUGUUCUGUGUUAAAACUUACAGUAAUUCUUAGUAGAGCUGCAACUAACAAUUAUUUUCAUAGCUAUAACAGAGAGAAGAAUAUUUGAUUGUUUUCAUGCAAAAAUGUCCAUUUCCUCCCAGUUGAAGCGAUUCCUUAUAAAUGACUCAACCAAUCAA